AUGGGCUUGUUUGGCAAGAAAAAAGACAAGGGUGGUGAGGCUGAAGACAGCAACCGCUCCGCCCUUUUCGGCAGCCGCAAGGGAAAAGAGAGCCCAGCAGCUCAAAACCCAUAUGCCGCCCCUCCCGCAAACGACCCCUAUGCCCAGCCGCCUCCCUCAUACUCUGGCGGCCAGGACAGCUCUUUCCGACAAGAGAAGACGCCAGCGGUAACGGGACCUGGUCAGUCCUAUGGACAACGACCUGCUGGCUAUGGUGCUCAAGGAGGUGGCUAUGGCGCACAGUCAGGAUAUGGAAACGACCAAUAUGGAGGCGGUCCACCCCAGCGUCCUGGUGGUUACGGCGGACUCGGCAGAACUGCCUCGAACGACACCAUGGCCACCGAUGCCGGCCGUAACGAGCUUUUCGGUAAUGCCGCCCAACGACAACAAGGACGCCCACAGCAAGAAUCGGGCGGUUAUGGACAGAGUGGUGCCUAUGGUGAUAGCCAGAGCGGCGGAUACGGCGGUGGUGCUGCCGGGGGCUACGGCUCUACCCCUGGCGGCUAUGGCACCUACGAGGACCGCCAAUUGACGGCUGAAGAACAGGAAGAGGAAGAUAUUAAUGCCACGAAACAAGAGAUCAAGUUCAUCAAGCAGCAGGAUGUUUCUAGCACAAGAAACGCUCUGCGUCUGGCUGAACAGGCUUUGGAGACUGGUCGAGGAACUCUGUCCACCAUGGCAGCACAAGGAGAGCGUAUCCAUAACACCGAACGCAAUCUUGAUCUUGCUUCUAUCCAAAGUGAUAGGGCUUCAGGACAGACUAAGGAGCUGGCUCGAAUCAACGCAAGCAUGUUCUCCAUUGUACCCAACCCCUUCACCGGUAACUCCAAACGCGAGAAGGAAAUGCAACGAGCCAUGGACCAACACACCCGCGACCGUGAGACCCGCGAGGCAACAAACAAGGCUGCCUGGGAAUCAGCUGCACGUGCAAACCAAGCACAGCGCGGAAUUCAAGGUGCUGGUGCUGGAAUCGGAGGCAACAAGGCUUCGCUUGCCCAGCGAUCAAAGUACCAAAUGGAGCCCGACUCUGAAGACGACGAGAUGGAGAAUGAGAUUGAGAACAACUUGGAUCAACUACACAUUGCAGCCAAGAGCUUGAACCAGCUGGGUCGCGCAAUGGGUACUGAAGCCGAUAAGCAGAAUGAGCACAUUACUCGCAUUACAGGCAAGACGGAUAAUGUCGAUGACAAGAUUGCGAGGAACAGGCUCAAGCUGGAUCGUAUCCAUUAA